GUCCAAAGUCGGUGUCAUUCUAUAUAAUAUUGUAGGAGUUUUCUAAACAUUGCUACUCUCUACUUUUGUAUUCUUAGGAUUUGAUCGAGCUCUGGGCUCUUCAUAUAGCCAUUCAUGUCGAAUCGCAUUGCACAUGUAUCACUUGAAGGUGGUAACUUAGAGAUGGCAGAGAGGAGAACUAACAACGAAAGAGAAGUUGUUAUUAAUGUUUCACAAGCGUCGAAAGACCGAACAUCAUCAUCUCAUUCUUCAAAGGUACCAGCAUUACCGGAGUCAGAUACAGGGACUCCAAAACCAGAUCCGUUAAACAUCCCCCCUCCUGAAAUCUACAAGUUGUCUGGUAACGUUCAUAAGCCGCCUAAAGUUCCAAGUCCUAGCACUGAAGGCCUAGUUAGAAGGAGAUCUCUUUCCAGGUCGGUUUACUCCAAGUCCAACUCAAGGUUUGGGAAGCAACAGUCUUAUCGGUUCGAUAAGACUAUUGCUGAGGAAAACGGUGGGACUCUUAGGGAACAUUUUGCUGCUUCUUCCUUUUCAAGAAAUUCUUUUGGCAGGGCUUCGCCUAAUAACAAGUCAAAUAGAAGCGUUUGCUCAACAGCCCUGAGCAAAGUUGCUGAAGAAGAAACGGAUGAAAAUGAGGAAAUCUACGAAAAGGUUAAGCUACACGGUGUACUACACCGAGUGAAACGUAGUGGAAUGAAACCUCUAGCUCUUUUUGAGUUGCUACUGUUUGUGGCCAUUUUAUGCACUUUGGUUGUGAGUUUAACCAAUGAUACGGUGAAGGAGCAUCGCAUUUGGGGACUGGAAGUGUGGAAAUGGUGCGUUCUUGUGAUGGUGACACUUAGCGGCAUGUUCGUGACGAACUGGUUCAUGCAUUUAGCGGUGUUCAUCAUAGAAAGGAACUAUCUCCUACGUAAAAAAGUGUUGUAUUUUGUGCAUGGUUUGAAGAAGAAUGUUCAAGUCUUUAUUUGGUUCAGCCUAGUUCUGGUCGCUUGGGUGUUUCUCUUCGAAGAUGACGAUAAACACUCUCGUAAGACCAAGAAGUUUCUAGACUUUAUAACUUGGACUAUUGUCUCCCUCCUGGUCGGGUCAAUCCUUUUCUUGGUGAAGACAUUUGCCUUGAAAGUCCUUGCUUCGAAGUUCAACGUAAGAAACUUCUUUGAGAGAAUUCAAGAGUCUGUCUUUCACCAAUACAUUCUCCAGACUCUCUCGGGACCUCCGCUUAUAGAAGAGGCAGAGAAGGUUGGGCGUGAGCCAAGCACAGGCCAUCUUAGUUUUACGAGCACCAAGAAUGGAACGGUGAAAGAGAAGAAGGUGCUGGAUAUGGGCAAAGUUCACAAGAUGAAGCAAGAGAAGGUCUCGGCUUGGACAAUGCGAGUUUUGAUUGAAGCUGUGGGAGCGUCAGGUCUCUCAACCAUAUCUAACACUUUAGAUGAGAGUAUCAAUGGGAAAAAUAAAACUGAUAAGGAGAUAACUAAUGAGAUGGAGGCUGUAGCUGCUGCUUAUGAUAUUUUUAACAAUGUUGCUCAACCAAACCACAAUUACAUAGAGGAAGAUGACUUGCUGAGGUUUAUGAUCAAAGAAGAGGUAGACCUUGUACUUCCAUUAAUAGAAGGUGGUGAGACUGGCAAAAUCACACGCAAUGCUUUCACAGAAUGGGUGAUAAGCGUUUACACAAGCCGAAAAGCACUAGGACAUUCACUGAACGAUACAAAAACAGCGGUUAGGCAGGUGGACAAACUUAUAUCCGGAGUCUUGUAUGUUGUCAUCUUCAUCAUCUGGUUGGUACUUCUGGAUGUAUUAACGACCAAGUUUUUGGUGGUUUUCUCCGCGAAACUUGUGGGUCUUGCUUUCAUAGUCGGAAGCACUUGCAAGAAUAUCUUUGAAUCUUUUAUAUUUGUCUUCGUGAUGCACCCUUAUGACGUCGGUGACCGUUGCGUUGUGGACGGUGUGGCGUUGUUGGUUGAAGAAAUAGAUCUUUUAACUACCAAAUUCCUCAAGCUUGACAACGAGAAAGUGUUCUAUCCAAAUGCGACUUUGAUAUCAAAACCAAUAAGCAAUUACUAUAGAAGUCCAGAUAUGGGAGAUUCAAUACUAUUCUCCAUCGCAUUCUCAACUUCGGCCGCGAAAAUAGCCACUCUCAAGGAGAAAGUCAAAGAGUACUUGGUGCAGAACCCACAAAAUUGGUAUCCAGAAUUCUUGUUGUUCGUGCAGGCGAUUGAGAAUGUGAACAAGCUGAAUUUGAAUCUGGUCGUCACACACACCAUGAACUUCCAAAAUUUCGGUGAGAAAAAUCUCAGGAGAACUGAUCUGGUCAUCGCGCUCAAGCGAAUUCUAGAGGAUCUAGAAAUCGAUUACACCCUCCUUCCUCAAAAUGUUCAUCUUACCGGUCACAAAUGAUCACUUUUUAAAUGUCUUUUUUUGCAUUUAUCAUUACCACUUGUACUAGCUAUUAUAACAUGAUUUGCUUUAGUUUGAUUGAACACAUAAAACUCGGUUACAUUUUCGGUGUGGAUAAAUUUAGUAAUAUUUUA